CCUUUCCAACAACCACAUUACCCUAAAAAAACAUAUAUACCUACCCUAAAAGAGCCCAAUUUGUCAGAAAUGAUUCUUGAAAACUCAUUACCAAAAGCCACAUUUUAUGUUUAUACCAUUCCUCUCCUCCCACUCCACCCCACCACAAUGGCCAAUUGCAAUUCUAUGGUUCUAAAUCAUUGAUUUGAUUUCCACCUCCAAAUUAAGAAUCUAUAUCAAUAAUUUCAUCUUUUACAUAAUUUUCGUUUAGUUUUCCCACCAAAAAGAAAUAAUACAACAACGUACAGACAAUUGAUCUAUAAGUGUUGAGAAGUUAUGGAGCUAGCUGCCGUUCGUAAACAUAAACACGUUGUCAAAAUUUGCCAAUUAAGUUGUCUUCUCUUCACUUCUACUGUUUAGUAUACAAAUUUUCCGGCAUUCAAUGCUAUAACUAUUUCUGCACCUUCUGAUAGACUAGAACAACAUAUACUAAUGUUUUUCUUUUGUCUUCAUGAGCGCCUUCCUGUCGUCGCGUCUUUGUGACACAUCAUUUUAUAACACUACAACAAAAAAGGCCUUUAGCGAGAAAAAAAAAAGAAAAAUCCAAUUGUUGAUAUUUUUCUUGUUAUUAAUUAGUCAAUUUUCACAGUUGUUCUUGAAUUUUUCACAAAAAUCAUGGCGAUGUUGAAAUUGAAUAAUGGAUUGAAUUUUGGAAUAAGGGGAAAGUUUGGUUUUGCAAUAAGGGGAGGUGGUAGAUUUUCGAGAUUUGUUGGGAUGAGGAGAGAUGAGAGACAUGGGAUUUGUUUGAAUUGUUGUAGUGGAAUUGAGAAUGGUAGAGUGAUUACUAUGGGUGAAAAUGAUUAUUAUUAUGGUUCGUCUAAAAUAGCAUCGGUAAGUGAUUCAACGGCGACAUGUGAUACUGAUUGUUAUUAUAGUUCGCCUAAGAUAGCAUCGAUAACUGAUUCAUCAAAGGAUGGUGAUAAUGAUGAGGGGGAGGAAUUUGUGAGGAUGAUGAGGGAAGCGCAGCCGCAUUUUCUCGCGCAUAGGGGUAGGACAUUUGUUGUUGUUCUUUCAGCUGAGAUUAUUGACAGUCCUUACAUGUCAUCGAUACUCAAGGAUAUCUCUCUCCUUCAUGGGUUGGGAAUCAAGUUUGUUCUUGUACCCGGAACUCAUAUCCAAAUUGAUAGGUUUCUGGUUGAAAGAGGAAGUGAGCCCAAGUAUGUAGGCCGCUACAGAGUAACAGACCCUGAUUCACUGAUGGCUGCAAUGGAUGCAGCUGGGAGAACUCGUCUUAUGAUAGAAGCAAAGUUGUCUCCUGGGCCAUCAUUGACUGGUGUCCGCCAGCAUGGAGAAAAUAGUCGCUGGCAUGAUGGUGUUAGUGUUGCUAAUGGUAAUUUUCUAGCUAUGAAGAGAAGAGGAGUUGUAGAAGGAGUCGAUUAUGCAGCGACUGGUGAAGUAAAGAAGAUAGAUGUUUCUCGCAUUCGUGAGAGGCUUUAUCAGGAUAGCAUUGUGUUAUUAAGCAAUCUUGGAUAUUCCAGCUCUGGGGAAGUUUUGAACUGCAACACAUACGAAGUUGCCACAGCUUGUGCCGUGGCUCUAGGAGCAGAGAAACUGAUUUGUAUAAUAGAUGGUCCAAUUCUGGAUGAGUCUGGCCGUCUUAUUCGUUUCUUGACUCUUCAAGAUGCUGACAUGUUGGUUCGCAAACGAGCAGAACAAAGUGAGACAGCAGCUAAUUAUGUAAAAGCUGUCAGUCAGGAGGACUUCAAUCUUUUGGGUCACAAUGGUUCCGAUGGAUCGACCUCUUCCUACAAUAUGAAUGGUUUUAGCCAAAGAUACAGUGUUUUUCAGAAUGGUGUUGGUUUUGACAAUGGGAAUGGGCUUUGGUCUACUGAGCAGGGUUUUGCCAUUGGAGGACAAGAGAGGCUAAGUCGACUAAAUGGUUAUCUUUCAGAGUUAGCUGCAGCUGCUUUUGUGUGCAGAGGAGGUGUUCAAAGAGUUCACCUGCUGGAUGGUACUAUUGGUGGAGUUUUACUAAAGGAAUUGUUCCAAAGAGAUGGAGUUGGUACAAUGGUAGCUAGUGAUCUUUACGAAGGAACACGAAUGGCUAGGCUGUCAGAUAUUCCCGAGAUCAAACAAUUAUUACAACCUCUUGAAGAGUCUGGAACAUUUAUCAGAAGGAGUGAGGAAGAGCUGGUGGAAGCGCUGCAUUCAUUCAUUGUCGUGGAGAGAGAAGGCCAUGUUAUAGCUUGUGCUGCUCUCUUCCCUUACUUUGGAGAAAAAUGUGGAGAGGUUGCUGCUAUUGCCGUUUCUCCUGAUUGUCGUGGCCAAGGACAAGGAGACAAAUUACUUGAUUACACUGAGAAGAAGGCAUCCUCCCUAGGAUUGCAAAUGCUGUUCCUGCUUACAACUCGCACAGCUGAUUGGUUUGUGAGGCGCGGUUUUUCUGAAUGUCCCAUCGACCUCAUACCAUCUCAAAGAAGGAAAAAGAUCGAUCUUUCUCGUAGGUCAAAGUAUUACAUGAAGAAGCUGCUACCUGGUAGAAGUGGUAUACGCUUUGACAGCCCCUUUUCGUAAGAACAGAAGGGGGGUUUCUGCUCGUCUCUGUAGUGGAUCUGCAAUAAGCUUGGAUUAAAUGGAAAAAUCGUUGUUAAUCUGUAUCCAGUAAGUGUAAGCAUAGCAAAGAAGUGUAAAAAGAUGUGCCUGUAAAAUAAUUACAAAAAAAAAGAUAAAAUUUCAGGUAUGUAUCCUUGUCUGCUUUGUAAGGUGGCCUAUGCUUGAUUUGGUUGUUCACUUGUUGGGUCAAUUUUUAGAGUUUAGCUAAGGUUCCUUCUUGUGCUCCAUAGAUGUUCGUUUGAUUCUUGUGGAUUUGGAGUGUGUUAAUUGAGCCUCUUGGUAAGUCGA